UGAGGGCGAGAGACGCGCUGUUCUGUGAAUGUCUUCUGCUCAGUGCAGAGCAGGCUCUGUGCUCUGCCGUCCUCACCUAUGUGCUUCAGCUUCAUUUUCUGCCUCUGCGUGACGCAGCUGCAGAGCCUCUGCAUCAACCUUUGAGGACAAAACCGAGGAUCAGAUUUUUGGAUGCGGAAGAAACCGAGCUGUCUGUUCUCCAAUUCUGUGAUUUGAAACGCUGUAAAUACCGUUGUUGUGGACUAACAUACCUGCUACGGAAAUCUUUGCAUUUUCCUCACUUUGGACCACCAAUGGAAUAUCAGUUUUAACUUCUUUUGAGACUUUAACACUGGAUCCAAACAUGCUGGACACAAACCACUGCCUUCACAUUGACACUUCCUCUUUUGAGGAUCAACCAAUCCGAAAUGAAGAUAAGAUGUCUUUAAGUUUGGACUGUGACAGACAUGCAUAUCAUAGCCUUAAAGAAGUUCUUCAGCUCAAACUACAACAGAGAAGGACGCGAGAGGAGCUGGUCAGCCAAGGAAUCAUGCCUCCACUGAAAAGUCCGGCUGCCUUCCACGAACAGAGGAAAAGUCUGGAGAGGGCACGCACUGAGGAUUACCUGAAGAGGAAGAUCAGGAGUCGGCCAGAGAGGUCAGAACUGGUCAGGAUGCACAUCCUCGAAGAGACCUCAGCUGAGCCCUCACUGCAGGCCAAGCAGCUGAAGCUGAAGAGAGCUCGAUUGGCAGAUGAUCUCAAUGAUAAGAUCUCUCACCGCCCUGGUCCCAUCGAGCUUGUCCACAAGAACAUCCUCCCUGUUCACACACUCAUUGGUACAGAGUCUCCGAAGGGUGAGAGCUCCUCACUGGACGAGGACAGUAGUGAUGCCCUGUCACCUGAUCCCCAGUGCAGUCAGGAUUCUCCGUUGGGUCUUGCCCCUCAACACUCCCCGUCUGAUAUGCUGAAAAUGAAUGGAGACCUCUCACCCACUCAGUUCCUCACUCAGGCACCACCUCCUCCUCUUGUUGCGUCCGACGCCUCUCCACCACAGAAUCUAACAAGUGAAACUAACAUGACAAGCUCUUCCCGUCCACCGACGGGACAUAAGCAGUCCAAGUCCAGCACGGAUCGGGCAUCUCAACGAUCCAAGAAACCCAAAGAUAACAAGCCCAAAGUGAAGAAACUCAAGUAUCACCAGUAUAUCCCACCUGACCAGAAGAACGACCGGGAGCCUCCUCCUCAACUGGACUCCUCGUACGCCAAGAUCCUCCACCAGCAGCAGCUUUUUCUUCAGCUUCAGAUCAUUAACCAGCAACAGCAGCACUACAAUUACCACACUAUCUUACCCGCACCUCCAAAACUUCCUGCUGAAAAGCAGCAACCAUCCACCAAUCCAGGCCCCUCCCCUUCCCAGACUAUUUCCACAAGCUCUACAGUCUCCUCCAAUCAGAACGGGCCUAAUCGUCGGAGCCAGUCUGCAGUGGGAGGAGCUAAACCCAGCACUUUGCCUGCAAACCUGGAUGAAUUCAAAGUUGCUGAACUUAAACAUGAGCUCAAAUUGAGGGGUUUGACAGUAUCUGGCACUAAGAACGAUCUCAUCGAGCGACUCAAGAACUACCAGGAGCAGAACAGUGGUUCAUCAGCCACAGGAGCUGCCACUACGAAAACAGUGUCUGCUCAGUUACCACAGGUGUCAGUUCAGUCAUCUGGUGCCGCCCCGAAAGACGUGGCUGUUUCAAUGACAGCCUUUCCCGUAGCGGCUGCCACUAGGGUCCACAACACAACUCCACCUCAAAUUAUGCGCUUUAGCAGCACUAGCUCCUCUCCUCCUGCAUCUCCUACUCCCUCUGACCGCUCUCUGGCUGGAUUGAGUCCUGACGAAGCCAGCUGCAAUGGGGAUGUGUUUGGAGAAAUGGUUACCUCACCUCUCACCCAGCUCAGCCUGCACCCCUCUCCAGAUCACCCUUCCCCAAUUAAAGAGGAGUCCCAUGGGCAGAUGCUGGCCUCCUGCAGCUUUUCUCACCCGGGUCAGCUGUCAGCCACACAGCCUCAGGAUCCCAUGGCAGCAUCAGGAUCUGCUGUGUCUCCUCUGGACAAAGACCAAAUGCUUCAAGAGAAGGACAAGCAGAUUGAGGAGUUGACACGGAUGCUUAGGCAGAAGCAGAGGCUGGUGGAGACCCUGCGCUCUCAGCUGGAGCAGGGUAAGCGUGGAGUGGCAGCAGAGGUUACGGACAACACAGGUAAUGCUGAAAUACCAUUGCUGUCUAACGGAGUGGAAGUGAAAGUAAAGGAAGAGAUUAAGGAUGAAAUGGACACAACAGAGGACAUGCAGAAGCAAGUCCAGCCCCAGAAGAAGAUCCAGAUGCAGUGUUCGCAGCAGACUCUGCUCAAGCUGCAGCAGAUUCACCGGCUGCAGCAGCAGCAGCAUAUUCUGGUGGACCUACCAACUAUACAGCAACAGAGGACACAGUUACUGCAACAGCAAAAACAGCAAAUGGACACACCGAAAGUGCAGCAAGAUCAAGGAAAAACACAGAUAUUGCAAUUGCAGCAGCAGAAAAUGCAACUGCUGCAACAGCAGCAGAAGGCGCAAUUACUGCAGCAGAAGACACAGUUACUGCAGCAGCAGAAAGUACAGUUACUCCAACAGCAGCAACAGAAGACUCUGUUGCAACAAAAGACUCAGUUGCAGCAGCAAAAGAAAAACCAGUUACUUCAACAGCAGCAGCAGCAAAAGCUACAGCAGCUCAUCAUCCAGCAAAAGCAGUUACAAAGCAAUCAAAAGAAGCAGCAGAAGGCACAAAAUCAGCCUCAGCAGCAGUUACAGACUCCGCAGGUUUCACAGGUGUUCGUCAACCAGCAGUCUAGCACUCAAAUUACUACGUCUUUCCCACUGGAUCUCCUGAAAGCUCAUCCCACACCUACAUUGGUCACUGACAGCAAUGGCAACCGUUAUCUGAUUGCACUAACCAGUAAUAGUGUAGAGAGCCUGACUGGAAAGUCUCCUCAGAGCAAAUCCAAUGGACGGAUCACUCUACAGAGAUUGCAGUCCACCCCUUCCAAGCUCCCUAGUCAGUCAUCUACUGAUGUGGCUAGUUCUGCCAACCAAUCACAAGCUGUUAGAGAGCCUGUCACCAAAGUUCAGAAAGUAGGGCUCCACUUGGAAACCACAAGUGUUAAAGAGUCUAGCCAGCCAGUGUCGGCACCACCCAGUUUUGAGCCCUUCUUCUGUGAGGAAUCAAACCUACUGAGCAAACCCUCCUCACCCCCUUUGUUUAAGGAGGACAUUUGCCCAACUUUUGAUCGACACACUUUAUUCACCCCUUCCUCCCCAAAGCCGAAACCUCACCCUCCUCAGCGUUUCAAAGAUAUCUCAAACAACCAGCAAAUAGAUGAUUUGUUUGAAAUCCUGAUCAAGAGUGGAGAAAUUUCAUCUGGAUUCAAAGCCAGUCAAGACCCCUCCCUGUCAGACCUUCACUCUGGCCCACCCACUCCAUCCCCACCUCCUUCUCCGCUCCACCUCUCGCCACCCACACAUCACCCCGACCCCAUCCCAGCCCCUUCCCAGCAGCUCCCGGACACCCAGGACAGGCCUUGCUCUGGAACCGGCCGCCUGGAGGACUUCCUAGAGAGCACCACCGGUGCUCCUCUUCUCGGCGUGGAGCCGGACGGCCCGUUAACGUUAAUCGAUGACCUCCACAAUCAAAUGCUGAGCACUUCCAGUAUUCUGGACCAUCCCCCAUCUCCAAUGGACACCAGUGACCUGAGCUUCUCGCCCCACCCGGCCAGCCUGGACUUUGAAGACCCCACCUUGGAUGGCAUGGAUUGGCUGGACAUACCCGUGGUAGGAGGGGGCAGCAAUUCUAACAGUGGGGGCAUGGUUCUUGCCCCUCUGAGCUCGCACACCCCACCCAGUGUGUUUUCUGCAGACUUUUUGGACAGUUCGGAUCUGCAGCUCCACUGGGACUCAUGUUUGUAGCUUUUGGUCUUAAUUGCUUGACACACAAUUUAGCACCUUCAACCUUACUGUGUAUAGGCUGUACACAAAACACUCCAGACGCACAUGCUGUUUCUUAUGCUGAAAAGCUUCAUUUUUUUUUU